AUGAUGAUAAAAAGCUCAGGUAUGAUCAAGUCUGUAUCUAGCCAGGCCUUUGUUAUUAGAAGGCUUAUACAUGCCACACCACUGCUACUUAAAGGUACGCCAAAAGCCACCCCAAAACUAGAUACUCAUUUGAAAUUUCUCAAACAUUAUUAUAGUCCAGAGUUAUUGCAAAGCAUACAAAUUGCCGAGACGUUAGUUGAGCCACAGGAUUACCUCGACUUGCAGAAAAAAGGCGACAGUGGUAGAUCUACUGUUGCCCCCAAAGACUCCACAUUCGACUACUCGACAAAGGAUGCAGAAUGGGAAGAACCAAUACUAUACCCAAAUCAAGGUUUAGGACGAGUACCGUAUCCACCCAUACCACAAGUUCGUAGUCCCGAUCGAGACGACUUGAGAAUCCGUUUUGCAGAUGCACCAAGAGGUGACAGUAAUAGUGCUCACAAUGUUACUGCGACCAAAACGACGUAUCAGAUUGCAAAGGAAUUAAGUCAAUUAACCGGGUUAGAUGAACUGUAUAUACGCAACUUGUACAUUAGACCCCUUGUAAUGAAGCGUGUUUCGUUAAAGACAGCAAAGGGAAACAUUCCUAAUUUCUUUGUCAUGUCUGUUGCAGGCGAUAAGAACGGAAUGCUUGGUUUGGGAAUAGGCAAAUCAAGAGAUGGUAUAAGAACCGCUGCAACAAAAGCCCAUUGGAGCGCCGUGAAAAAUUUGGCACCUAUAAAGAGGUAUGACAAUAGGACCAUUUUGCAAUCUUUUGAAAAAAAAUACCAUGCUUCAAAGUUGAAAUUUAGUCCCGCGCCAAUUGGGUUUGGAUUGAGAUGUAAUAGUAAUGUGUUUGAGAUUUGUCAAGCUGCGGGUAUAAAGGAUAUUAGAGGCAAGAUAUUUAAAUCAAGAAACCCUGUAUUGGUUGCAAAAGGGUUUGUGGAAGCAUUAAAGGAACAAAAGACAAUUGAAGAACUAGCUUUGAAUAGAGGUAAGAAGGUUGUUGAGUUGAGAAAAGUUUACUAUUCUCAGUAG